CCAUACUCAACUCAAUUCCAUCUUUCCCCCAAAAUCAUCCUCCCCUUCGCCUGCGUCCCACAGCUUCUUCCUCUGCGUCCCCUGAUCAAUCUCAAUCGCCUUAGCCCUCGGGUUUUUUCUCUCCGACUUCCCGGUUCCUCUGACCCGGUUUCUGGUUCAGUCCGCCAGCGGAAGCUUAAUUCCAGGUAUUUAAUGCUCAGUAUGUUGUUCAUCACCCAAGAACUCGAUCCAAGCAACUCAAUCACACCACUUCGCAUCAUCUUGCUCCCACUCUUGAGCCCAAACCCAUAGCCCUCAUAUCUGAUCUGGGUUUUUGAGAUUCUUGGUAAAGAUCGAGGCUUUAUGUUCAUAUAUAAGGAAAGAAGGUACCAGAGCUUCUUAAAUCUGAUCUUUCACCCAUCUUUUAUGUUUUGAAGUUGGGGUGAGGAUUGAAGUGGAGCGAAGUUAGGUUUUUGUGUGUUUGGGGGGAUGAGAAUGGCAGCUGAUACUGAUUGUUCACAUCCAUUCACCAGAUUAGAAGGUAGUUAUAAUAAGAGCAGUGUUUUGGCCCCUGCAAAAGUUGAGCUUCAAGAGGAAUCAGAUGAAUGGAAGCAACCAAAUGGUAAACUUUGUUCCCGUUUUCUGGUCGAGCCACGCUCUAUUGGCUCUAAGACACUUCCAGUCUCAUCUGGUUUGGAUUUUGAGGCUGAUAUCAAGGAGAUAGAACGCACUUCAGAAGAAAAACCAGGAUUUCUACCCGUGUUUCGAUCAGGUAGCUGUGCCGAGAUAGGACCAAAGCAGUACAUGGAGGACGAACACAUCCGGAUAGAUAAUCUAUUGGACUACUUAGGAGAAUCUUCCAGUUUCACUUUUCCUGGAGCCUUUUAUGGAGUUUUUGACGGACAUGGAGGAACAGAUGCAGCAUCGUUCGUCAGGAAUAAUAUUCUCAAGUUUAUAUUGGAAGACUCCUUUUUUCCCUUAUAUUUGGAAAAGGCAAUUAAGAACGCUUUUUUGAAAGCCGACUAUGCCUUUGUUGAUGAUAGCUCUGUCGAUAUAUCGUCUGGGACGACAGCACUCACCGCUCUCCUAUGUGAACGAAGAUUGAUAGUUGCUAAUGCGGGGGAUUGUCGGGCUGUUUUGGGGAAACGGGGAAAAGCGUACGAGCUAUCGAAGGACCAUAAACCGGACACCAUAUCCGAGAGGCGGAGGAUUGAGAAGCUCGGUGGGGCCAUAUACAACGGCUACUUAAACGGUCAACUAUCCGUAGCGCGUGCUUUGGGCGACUGGCACAUGAAGGGUCCGAAGGGGUCCGCGUGUCCCUUGAGCGGCGAACCCGAGUUGAUCGAGACCGUGUUGACCGAGGAAGACGAGUUCCUAAUCAUGGGAUGCGACGGUCUGUGGGACGUGAUGAGCAGCCAGUGCGCCGUCACGAUGGCGAGGAAGGAGCUUGGGGCCCACAACGACCCCGAGAGGUGCUCGAGGGGGCUCGUUAGGGAAGCACUCAAGCGCAACACGUGCGACAACUUGACGGUGAUCGUGGUUUGUUUCUCGCCCGAUCCUCCUCCACCCCUCGUCAAGCCGCGGGCAUCGCCAACCGGAGGGUCGAACGUCGUCGUGAAGGGCGUUCCGUUAGGAGGUGACGACUCGUGACGGCGGCGUUUCUUUUUAGAGGGGGAAGUUCCACUGUUGGACUAGUGU